ACGAAAACAGGAUGCCACGCGACGAUCCGAACUGGAUAUAGAACGCACCUUCUUCAAGCUCUGGUUCUCCAUCAUCUCCUCCACUAUCGCCGCCGGCCGCCCUCAGUUCUUCCUGUACGGCCUCCACAACCACCUCCUCCAAGACCAACCAGGUCUUCGCCUUCGACCCCGUCUCCACCUCCCCAGCUGAUUCUGUUUGCAUAUAAAAAUCAAUCCAAGCUGCUAGGGUUACGGUAAUUUGUGCUCUCAAAUGGGGAGGGAGAAGAAGAAGAAGAAGAAGAGGCAUGCAGAGGAAUCGAGUGAUAAUGAUUCGUCUGAGGAAAGGUCCGACUACUCGAGGCGAUCCUCGAAGAGUCGCCGCCGGCACCGCCACAGAAGCGACGGCGGUUCGAGGAGAGAGAAAGAUAAGAGAGAGAGGGAAGAAAGAAGGCGAAGGCGCAGAGAGAGGAGGGAGAGGGAGAGAAAGCGAAUGAAAUCGAGAGGGAAAAGCGAGUCCGAAUCAGAGUCCGAGUCUUCGGGUGACGAUGAUUCGGAAAAUCCCCAAACCGUGACUCAAGGGUUGUUGAAAGAAUUCCCGAAUGUUGGAAACGACUUGAAACAGCUUUUGCAAAUGAUCGAUAAUGGGCAAGCUGUUGACAUAAAGGGCAUACCCGAAAGAUCUCUUAUUAAGCAUCUAAAGAAGCUGUUUGUUUCGUUAAGCCUCAAGGAAAAUGGUGAUGAAGUAUUCUUGCUUCCUUCAAAUGUUCGUCCCACUUUGGAGGUUGUUGGAUCCCUGUUGAACACUUGUACAGAACCAAAAAGUGAACAGCUUGAUCGUCCUGUGCCAUUGGAAGACGCAAAUUCAGCUCCGGAUGGCGAAUGCAGACAAGAGAUGAAUGAUAAUGAUAACAAUGUGGCAUGCCCAGAAGAUGAUGCCGCUGGUCCUAGAAGAAGGAUAAUUGGCCCUGCAAUGCCCUCGGCCGAGUUACUGGCUGCUGCUGCUAAAUUGACAGAAGCACAAGCUGAGCUCAGAGAUGCUGAGUUGGAGGAAGAUUCUGAAUUAUUUGUAGGGCCUCCACCACCUGCUAUGGUUGCUGAAGCUGCAUCAGCAAAUGAAGCAGAGCGAUUCGAAGAGGUUACGAGAAUUAUGGGCAUUGAGGCCGACUGCCCUUAUGAUAUUUUAGGAGUGAACCAAAACAGGUCCCCAGAGAACAUAAAGAAAAGGUAUUGGAAAAUUUCCCUUUUGGUGCACCCUGAUAAAUGUCAUCAUCCUCAAGCCCACCAAGCAUUUAUCAAACUAAAUAAAGCGUUUAAAGAAUUACAAGAUCCUGAGAAGAAAAAAGCACUGGAUGAGAAAAUCAAAUUCAAGGAGGAACAAGAGAAAUUUAAGGUUGAGUUGCGAGCAAUGCGUGAGGCUGCUCAAUGGAGGAGGUCACAAGGUAUAUCCAUGGAGGGUGAUGACGAGCUCUUGGCCGAGCCAGAGAUUGAUGUUAAGGUAGCACCACAGAGAGAUGAGUGGAUGACAACUCUACCUCCUGAAAGAAAACCUGGUGUGACUGUGCAUUCCACGAGAGCGUUUAGCAGAAGCGCAAAAGAAGGACGUGGUGACACAAGCGCAUGGACGGAUACCCCUUCAGGCAGAGCACAAAAGGCAAAGAUGAAUUUUCUAGAAGCAUAUAGUGAAGCGACUGCUCUGGCUUCAAACGAAGUGCAGAAGCAUUCAGAUGCAGAUUUAGUGGACAAGUAUAACAAAGAAAAACGAUCAAAAUCAUUGGUACAAAAGCACCAGGAAGAAAGGGCCACCAGCCGUUCGAAGAAAAAAUCUGUACAGAAAGUAGAGAAUGAAGAUUGGGUUGGGCAACACCCAUGGAAGCCUUGGGAUCGCGAGAAGGACCUGGUAGCUGGCAGGAAAAGUGUAAAUUUUGAAUCAGAAAACAUGGCUGCUGGUUUAUCUUCAAAGUUUUCAUCGGGAUCAUUUCAGAGAAACUUCCUCUAGACAAGAAGUGAUGUAUGUACCUUUAGAAGUGUAAUUGCACGACUCUUGUCCAUGCGCAAAGUAGGCCUUCUAUCUGAUGAGUACCGCAAAUCCUUUUUCUUUGGUUAGACAGAGAUACUGCACCACUCAUCAUUUAAAGUUUGAAGUGAAGCUGUAGCAUUUUUGUUUUAAGUACUACUAUGAAAAAAGGAUGUGGGGACCAA